UAUUGUCUAGUUUGAGAAAAGUAGCAAGGUGUUGUUAAACUUUAUAUCCUGGGAAUAAAACUCCAAAUUUAGUGCAAUACUUUUUCUAAUUGAUACAAAUAAGAUAUGUAGGAAGUCAUUCCUCUUGUCCUCUUUUCAAGUAGUGUUUUAGAUCGUUUUUCGUAGGCCUAAUUUAGUAUCGGUUCGGUGGUGAAGAAAAACAUGUCCAACAUACAACUGGAUAAAGAUGCCUUUUUUAGGCGAAUGAAAAGAUUAUAUGCUGGAUGGAACAGUGAUGCUGACAAUGGAGGUGACGGCCUGGGCAAGGCUGAUGCCUUGGUGUCUGGAGUGGGGGUGGACGAGGAUGUUGUUUAUAGCAAAUCCAUUGCAUUGCAGACUUGGUUGCUCGGUUAUGAGUUAACUGACACCAUCAUGGUGUUAACCAAAGACGCAAUUCAUUUUCUGGCAAGCAAGAAGAAAAUUGAAUUUUUACGGCAGGUGGAAGCAAGUAAAGAUGAAAACAGUGUUCCGCCAGUGAAGCUCCAUACGAGAGAUAAGGGCGGUGAUGACAAACCAGCAUUCCAGAAGUUGGUGGAUGCCAUCAAAGGCAGCAAAGCUGGCAAGACAGUCGGCGUGUUUGUGAAAGAUGCAUAUCCCGGUCCAUUCAUGACUGCUUGGAAGGCUGUCCUAGAAAAAGAAAAGUUUACACAAGUGGACAUGAGUGUCAGUGUGGCAGCCAUCAUGAGUCCCAAGGAAGACUCCGAGUUAACCAUCAUGAAGAAGGCUUGCCAAGUGUCGGUCGAUAUAUUCAACAAGUACCUCAAGGAUCAGGUCAUGGACAUCAUUGAUGCUGAAAAGAAAGUGAAGCACGCUAAGCUGGCGGAGGGGGUGGAGUCAGCCUUGUCAGACAAGAAGUACGUGAGCAACGUAGACACGAGUCAGCUGGACAUGUGCUACCCGGCCAUCAUACAGAGCGGCGGCAACUACAACCUCAAGUUCAGCGUCGUCAGUGACAAAAACAACCUCCACUUUGGAGCGAUUGUGUGUUCCCUGGGCGCCAGGUAUAAGUCCUACUGUUCCAACAUCGUGAGGACACUUCUGGUGGAUCCUACUGAUGCGAUUCAGGCUAACUACAAUUUCCUAGUCGAUCUAGAAGAGGAACUCAUAAAGAAUCUACAGGCCGGCAAGAAACUGUGCCAAGUGUACGAGGCUGGAGUCAGUUACACGAAAAAGACAAAACCUGAGCUUGUCGAUCAUCUGGUCAAGAACUUUGGGUUUGUGAUGGGCAUCGAGUUCAGAGAGAGUUCCCUUACCAUUGGCCCAAAGACAACAGCUGUGGCUCGCAAAGGCCAAGUGUUCAACCUAAACGUCGGCCUUUCCAACCUCACCAAUAGGGAGGCCAGUGAUAAGGAGGGCAAGAUCUACGCACUGUUCAUCGGAGACACAGUACUCGUCAACGAGGGUCAGCCAGCUACGAUCCUCACACAGAGUAAGAAGAAACUGAAGAAUGUCGCGAUGUUUGUCAAACAAGACAAUGAAGAAGAUGAGGAAGAGGAAAAAGAAAAUGAGCCAAAGCCAGAAGAGCCUUUGACAGGCAGAGGCCGACGGACAGCUGUGCUCGAGUCGAAACUGAGGACGGAUUCAUCAGCCGAGGAGAAGCGCAAGCAGCAUCAGAAGGAGUUGGCUGCUCAGCUGAACGAGCAAGCGAGACAGAGACUGGCGGCGCAGGGAGGGGGAGGCAAGGAGACCAAGGUUCGCAAGUCUAACGUCAGCUACAAGGGAAGAGGACAGAUGCCUAACGAACCAGAGGUCAAGGAACUCAAGAUAUAUGUCGGACAAUUCCUACGGCGUUUUCACUUGCGUCACACGACAUUAUAAAUCUCCUGGACCAAUCUGGAAGAUGAAGUACGACGGGUGAGGACAAUGUUUGCUUUAUUUUGUCGAAACUAGAUUGUUGAUCGGGACCCCACCU